AUGGAUCUGCUCCCGCCGCCGACUGACGCGCCGGACGCCGGCGGCCCCGGCGCCGGGGGGUCGGGCCGGGGGCUGCGACGCGGGGUCGGGUUCCGGUCGCUGAAGCUGGUCAGCGUUGCCAUGGACGAGACCCUGCCCGUCGACCCCGUCGGCGCCACGUACGGCCGCCUCGCCAACGGCCUCACCUACUACGUCCGCUCCAACCCAAAGCCACGCAUGCGCGCCGCGCUCUCGCUCGCCGUCAAGGUCGGGUCGGUGGUGGAGGAGGAGGACGAGCGCGGUGUGGCGCACAUCGUCGAGCACCUCGCCUUCAGUGCCACCUCGCGAUAUACCAAUCACGACAUCGUCAAGUUCCUCGAGAGCAUCGGGGCUGAGUUUGGUGCCUGCCAGAACGCGCUCACCUCAUCGGAUGAGACCAUCUACGAGCUGCUCGUACCCGUCGACAAGCCAGGCCUGCUCUCCCAGGCUAUAUCUGUCCUCGCUGAGUUCAGCUCAGAGGUUCGGGUGUCAGCAGAGGAUCUGGAGAAAGAGAGGGGUGCUGUGCUGGAGGAAUACAGGGGUGGGCGCAAUGCAGCAGGACGGAUGCAGGACUCCCACUGGGCACUGUUGUUUGAAGGUUCUAAGUAUGCAGAACGCCUGCCGAUUGGUACUGAGAAGGUGAUACGAACUGUUACACAUGAGACUGUGAAGCGGUUUUAUCAGAAAUGGUACCAUCUAAGCAAUAUGGCAGUAUUUGCAGUGGGUGAUUUCCCAGAUACACAGGCUGUUGUGGAGUUGAUAAAGGAGCAUUUUGGGCACAAAGCCCCAGCUCCCCACCCUCCUCCAGUUAUACCAGAAUUUCCAGUUCCAUCACAUGAGGAACCUCGCUUUUCAUGUUUUGUGGAAUCUGAAGCCGCAGGGUCGGCUGUUGUUAUCAGCUGCAAGAUGCCUGCUGGUGGAAUUAAAACAGUAAAGGACUACAAGGAUUCACUGGCAGAGUCCAUGUUUCAUUGUGCGCUAAACCAGAGGCUCUUCAAAAUAUCUCGUAGAAAGGAUCCUCCUUACUUCUCUUGCUCCUCAGCUGCAGAUGCUCUUGUCUGUCCAGUUAAGGCUUACAUUAUGACAUCUAGUUGUCGUGAAAGGGGAACAGUUGAAGCUCUUGAGUCCAUGCUUCUUGAGGUUGCUAGGGUACGGCUCCAUGGAUUUUCUGACCGUGAGAUAUCCAUUGUACGCGCCCUAAUGAUGUCAGAGAUGGAGUCUGCAUAUUUGGAGCGUGAUCAAAUGCAAUCGACCAGCUUACGAGAUGAGUUUUUGCAGCAUUUUCUUCGUGAGGAACCUGUUGUUGGGAUUGAAUAUGAAGCACAAUUACAAAAGACUCUGCUUCCCCAUAUUUCUUCUGCGGAAGUGGCAAAAUUUGCAGAAAACUUUUCAACAGCCAGCAGCUGUGUUAUCAAGAUAGUUGAACCUCGAGCUCAUGCUUCUUUGGAGGAUCUGAAAGCAGUUGUGUUGAAAGUCAACAGUCUGGAAGAAGAAAAAUCUAUUCCUCCAUGGGAUGAAGAACAAAUUCCAGAAGAAAUUGUUGCUCAAGCUCCAGAGCCAGGGACUAUAAUUGAUAAAGUGGAGCACCCAGGCAUAGGUGCCACUGAGAUGAUACUUUCAAAUGGCAUGCGGAUUUGUUACAAGUAUACUGAUUUUCUUGAUGACCAGGUUGUUUUUACUGGCUUUGCCUAUGGUGGUCUGUCAGAAUUAUCUGAAGCUGAGUAUACUUCAUGCUCAAUGGGUUCGACCAUAGCAGGAGAAAUUGGCACUUUUGGCUACAGACCUUCUGUCUUGAUGGACAUGGUUGCUGGCAAGAGAGCCGAAGUUGGUACAAAAGUGGGGGCCUACAUGAGAACAUUUUCUGGCGAUUGCUCACCUUCAGAUCUUGAGACAGCUUUGCAGCUUGUUUAUCAACUAUUUACAACAAAUGUGGAGCCAAGGGAGGAAGAAGUAAAAAUAGUGAUGCAAAUGGCAGAGGAAGCAAUCUAUGCUCAAGAGCGUGAUCCAUACACUGCAUUUGCGAAUCGUGUUCGUGAAAUAAAUUAUGGGAACUCAUACUUUUUUAAGCCAAUUAGAAUAAGUGACUUGAAGAAGGUGGAUCCAAUCAGAGCAUGUGAAUAUUUCAACAAUUGUUUCAAGGAUCCAUCAGCUUUUACGGUGGUAAUAGUUGGAAAAAUAGACCCAGCUAUCUCACUUCCACUGGUUCUGCAGUACUUGGGUGGAAUACCUAGGGUACAGGAUGCUGCUCAACCACUUAGUCGUGAUGAUCUAAGAGGAUUGCCGUUUAAGUUUCCUGCGACCAUCAUUAGAGAAGUUGUCCGCAGCCCUAUGGUUGAAGCACAGUGCUUUGUACAACUAGCAUUUCCUGUUGUUCUUAAGAACACAAUGAUGACAGAAGAUAUUCACUAUGUUGGGUUUCUUAGUAAACUUCUGGAAACGAAAAUCAUGCAAGUACUUCGGUUCAAAUAUGGGCAGAUCUAUUCAGUUAACGUAGCUGUCUUCUUGGGUGGCAACAAACCCUCAAGAACUGGAGAUGUUCGUGGAGACAUAAGCGUGAAUUUCUCAUGUGAUCCAGACAUAUCAUCUAAACUGGUUGAUUUUGUUCUGGAGGAAAUAUCAUAUCUACAGGUGGAAGGUCCUUCUGAAGAAGAUGUAUUGACCAUCCUCGAAAUUGAACAAAGAGCUCAUGAAAAUGGAUUACAGGAGAAUUACUUCUGGUUGGAUCGUAUUCUGCGGAGCUAUCAGUCAAGGCUUUUUUCUGGAGAUAUUGGAUCCACCUUUGCGUUCCAAGAGGAGGGGCGCAUAAAGGUUAGGGAUGCUUUGACACCACAGACUAUGCAAUCGGCCUUGCAAAGAGUUAUACCUUUCCCUUGCAGAAAUCAGUACACUGUGGUUAUUCUUAUGCCAAAGUCAUCCUGUUGGGCAUCAGUGAAGUCAAUGCUUAGCUGGAGCUCUAAUGGGGUUAGCAGAGAUGCUAAGCAUGCUGAACCUGAGAACCACUACCUUGCAGAUUCUUGCUGGCAUGGCCGGUGCACUGGUGUUGGCAGUGAGUUUGUGGAGAUACUCUCGUAG